AUGGGCACCUACGGAUACAUGGCUCCUGAAUAUGCUAUAGAUGGACUUUUUUCGAUGAAAUCUGAUGUGUUUAGCUUUGGAGUGCUCGUUUUGGAGAUAGUGAGUGGAAAGAAAAAUAGAGGAUUUCAUCAUCCUGAUCACGACCUCAACCUUUUGGGACAUGCUUGGAAACUAUGGACGGAAGGAAAUCCCAUGGAUCUUUUGGAUGCUUCAUUAGUGACUUUGAACUCUGAAUCUGAAGUGUUAAGAUGUAUCCAUGUCGGCUUGUUGUGUGUACAACAACGCCCUGAAGAUAGACCUAUUAUGUCUAAUGUUUUAUUAAUGUUAGACAUCGAGCAUCCGGUGACUUCUCAACCUAAACAACCUGGUUUUUACUCGGAAAGAUCACUUAUUGAGAUGGCUACGUCUUCAUCAACCAGAAAUAAACUUCAUACUUCUAAUGAAAUAACUGUAACAUUAUUACAAGGUCGAUAG